AUGGCUGAAAGCAGCAAAAAUAAGCGAGGAGGAAGAUUUUGUGUUGCUGGGGCACCUAAUCAGCAAAGUUGUAAAAAUACCAGUUUUACACCGGGUAUAACUAUGCAUCAGUUUCCUUCUGAUGCAAGUUUAAGAGAGAAAUGGGUGAAAUUUGUCCAGAGACAUCGACAUGAUUUUCGAGAGCCAAGCAAGUGCGCUUCAUUGUGUUUCACACAUUUCGAAGACUCAUGCUACACAAGACGCUUGGCACCACAGCUUGAAGAAAUGUCCACUGUCAAGUUGAAUAGAGUGUUAAUCAAAGGAUCUAUUCUGACCAGGGAUACAACUGACAUUGCCACUCCAAAUAUACUUUCUCAACGAGGAAAACGGCAGGUACGUACGUGUACAACUUUAUAAUACAAUUUUAAUAGUUCUGUUGUGUACUACAAAAUGGACUAUUACUGUAUUAAAAUAGACAAUACUCUAUGGGGAUAUAUUUGUAGUACAGUAUUUUGUAAUAAUUGUAGUCGAUUGGUCUGUAAAAGUUUUUCUGGCCACCGGCAAGCCAAACUCCUACUAUAUGAGAAAUGUAACUCGGUAUAUAAGAAACAUAUAAAAUACCACAAUAAUGAUUAAAAUUUUCAUUAUUAAAUAUUAUAUAGAUGAGACGCGAAGUAAUGGCUGAAAUUAAUGACAUGCCCGACACUAAACGUGUUAAAACAAGCCUUGGUGAUCCAGCUUUGCCUGUAAGAGAUUCCCACCACCAUUCUGAUUCUGCCAGCAUGUCAACAGCUAUAGAACAUUCAACAACCUCUUGUGAUACCCUUGACUACAUAAAUGAUCAAGAUUUAGUUUCCAAACCAGUGACCUACAUUCAACAAACAACCGAAGCAAGUUCUAAUAUAAUUAAUGAGACAGGCCCACAAAGCAAAGAGACAAGCUGUUGUAACCAUUAUAAGUCUAAGUUGCAGAAUAGUCAGCGAUCCAAUUACUACCGUCUUAAGAGGAGAGUAAGUGAACUAAAGGACUGUGUGAAAGAACUACAAAUAGUAAGUAUACUGACUCAUCAUUCACAAUCAGUCGUUAUUUGAAGAAGAACCUCAUAAGGGAAUAACCUCAUAAUCACAUGAUGGGGAAAUACUGUUAUGUACUCAUGCAGCCUGCAGCCAUGUACCAGUAUAUUGGGAUUUCAUAGGCUCUUUUUUCUAAUGUAGUGUCAGAAUGCCAAGAACAGUGUAAUUAAAAAGCUAAUGACUUUGUUUUAUUUUGUAUAGCAAGUACCUCCUACUGAGUAUGAUAGUGAUAGUGAUGUAUGCAGUGAUGAUGAAGAUGAGUCCUGUUGUGAAAGUGAACCAGCCAACACUGGGAAAGAAAGUGAACAUGAACCAUCAUCAGACUAUUAUGUCUGGCCCAGUUGUGGCAAUGAAUCAAGUGAUGAUGAUGGUGACUGGACACCACACAUUGAAUCUGAAGAUAGUGAAACUAAUGACGAAAUGAAUCAAAAUUCAUUUAGUGACAUGAAGUAA